CGCGGCAGGAGGAGCCCCCGCCGCCCCGGCAGCAGGAAGAGGAAGAAAGGCGGUCUCUUGCUAGAGCCAGAUGAGAAAGGGGAAGAAGAGACCCAGCAGAAUGGAGAGGAGCAGAAAGAGGAGGAAGUGGAUAAUGUAGAGGAAGUAAAAAGAAGCAGAGAAGAAGAAGAAAAAAAGAAAGAGGAUGCUCUUUGGGCCAGUUUCCUCAGUGAUGUAGGACAGAAGCCCAAAGCAGCGGCUGCCACACAAGUGACACAAAUCAAGAAGGCUGAAGAAGAGAACAGUGGGAAUAAGCCUCAGGAGAAGCCAAAAGAUUCAGGAAAAGUGACAAUCACCAAAACGUUUGAUUUUGCUGGUGAGGAAAUCAAGGUGACUAAAGAAGUGGAUGCAAACUCAAAAGAAGCUAAAUCUUUUCUGAAGCAGCAAGAGAAACUGCAGUCAGCAGCUCCAGCUUCCUUGCCGACAGUCUCAGGGGUGAAGAGGCCAAGCGGUAUGAGUAGCCUCCUGGGGAAGAUCGGUGCCAAAAAGCAGAAGAUGAGCACACUGGAGAAAUCUAAACUGGACUGGGAGAACUUCAAGGAGGAGGAGGGGAUUGUGGAGGAGCUGGCAAUCCAUAACCGAGGGAAAGAUGGGUACAUCGAGAGGAAAGCAUUCCUGGAGCGCGUGGAUCACAGGCAGUUUGAAAUCGAACGCGACAUCAGACUGAGCAGGAUGAAGCCCUGAUGUGCUGGGGGUAGCCGUGGGGGAUCUUGCUCCCUUCUGUGCCCUAGGGCUGGCUGGGGGCUGCCAGCCACCGACAACCACCAAGCACAGAAACUGUUCUCUACCCAAGACUCGGCCUGUAUGUCUCAACGUACAGGGUUUUCCUUUUACUGUAAUAGUUUGGGGAGGGUAUUUGUCAAUGGACAGGAGGGUUAAAUGGCCUAGCAGCUGAUAGAAGACACUGGUGUAUUUCUGGCAACAACUUUUCAAGGAGAAGAGGUGGUGGCACCUAUCCUUUACCAAUCCCAGGUGCUUCUGGCAGCAGGAGGAGCUGCCAAGGCUGGGAGAGUACUGGCAUGUUUGGUGGUCAGAAUGGAGCUGCGGGAAGGUUUCAUGGCUGCUGUGCAUACACAGGCUGUGGGCUGGAGCCCUUCUGCCUGCUCUGCCAGCCCCGCAGCACUCCCUGUCCCUCCGCCCUCUGCUCCUGUCCAGACAAAGCCAAACUGUCUGUACUUGUCUGUGGGGUCUGAUGCUGGGGGGGUUUAAGCAAGCUGGUGAAGAAAUCCUUCGUUGUUCACGCUGUCAAGAAGAUGGGAGCAGCUGCAGCAGGCAGGAAGGGCCAGGAUCUGAGUGUUCAUGUGAAUAAAGUAUUCCAUCCCAACA